AUGGCCUUAUUGGAGGAGAGGAGCCUUGAGACCUAUUUUUAUGAGAGAUAUCUCCCCAUGGGAGAGAUCUAUCAGUGGAUGAACCAGGUCAGCAAGAAGUAUGCCGAAGUGGCGACUCAGCGUUCGGGAAUGACCUCUGAGACCUGGCCCAUGUCCUACCUGAAGAUCAGCAAACCAUCCAACAGUCCCAAGAAGACCAUUUGGAUGGACUGUGGAAUUCAUGCCAGAGAAUGGAUUGCCCUUUGCUUUUGCCAAUGGUUUGUGAAAGAGAUUCUACAGAAUGAUAAAGACAACACAAGGCUCAGGCUCCUUAAGGAGUUGGACUUCUAUGUGCCUCCACUCCUCAACAUUGACAGUUAUAUCUACACUUGGACAACAGGGUGAACAGAUCCUCUCUGGAGGAAGCCCUGCUCAUUCCGUAAUAAUGGCACAUGCUUUGGAGCAAAUCUCAAUUGAAAUCUCAGUGUCUCCUGGUGUGGUAUGGGCGCAAUCACAAACUGCCAAGAUUUAACAUUCUGUGGGAUAGAACUGGUGUCAGAACUAGAGACUAAAACAGUCUCAAGCCGUAGAGAAAGCAAGAAAAGAGACAUCCCGUGCUUCCUGACCGUACACUCUUAUGGGCAGCUCAUCCUCACACCAUAUGGCUACACCAAAAAUAAACCAAGUAACUACGAAGAACUAAUUCAAGUUGGACAGAAGGCGGCAGAUGUAUUGAAAGCAAAGCAUGGAACCAAUUAUAGAGCUGGAUCGAGUGCAGAUAUUUUAUAUGCUACGUCAGGAUCCUCAAAAGACUGGGCUCGAGACAAUUGGAUCCCCUUCGCACGCACAUUUGAGCUGAGGGACAAUGGGACCCAGGGUUUUUUCCUGCCUGAAGCUCUGAUCCAGCCCACACAUGAGGAGACCAUGGAAGCUAUGCUCACACUCCGUGAUGGUGUGUGUGAGAGUUACUGACUCACCCACAGUGCCAGGGAGGCGACAACCACAAUCUUGGCACUGACCAUGGUGUGCUUCUUCACAGCUCUCCCCUAAGUGCCGCCUGCCUUGGCCUGCUUAGGUGAAGGUGUGUG